AUGUCACACUUCAAUGUGACUAUAGAAGAUUAUUCGGACGAUGGCAUAGACUUCGCCGAACAAUGCAACAACAUUUAUAUUUAUAUCGAAUUUUUAAAUAAGUAUUAUUUACCAUUUGUAAUCGCCGGCGGUUUAGCCGGUAACGCGUUAUCCUGCACCGCAUUUUUGAAUACUCCGCUUAAGACGCGAAGUUCAAGCUACUAUUUAGCUGCUUUGUCGGUGGCUGAUUUUGGAUUUUUGUUGUCGGUGUUUUGUGUUUAUUUGGCCCAUGCAGACCUCACCAGCGCAUAUAAUACUCAGGGGAUAUGUCAAGCAGUGGUUUAUCUGAGUUCGGUGUGCAGUUUCCUAAGUGUGUGGCUAAUUGUAGCCUUUUCCGUGGAAAGAUUUGUUGCGGUACAAUAUCCUUUACAAAGGCCUCAUGUUUGUACCGUAGCCAGGGCGAAAAUGAUCGUCCUUUGUCUCACCAUUGCUGCUCUGGUCACACAGUCAUAUUCAGUGGUGACCGCCGGUAUCUUGGAGACGGAGUCUGAUGGGGAAGUAUGCGAACUUUUGCCAGAGUAUUUGAAUGCAAUGAGGGUCAUCAACAUCGUGGAUACGAUGAUAACUUUGGUGAUACCUCUGCUGAUUAUUGUUGCUGUCAAUGCAGCCAUCACAAGAAAUCUCUUAGCUUUUCGGCGACGGCAUAUAGGACCGCAAAGAGUUUCGUCGAACAGUAGGACUCCUCAGAUUUUCGCUGUAUUCCUCAAGUGGUUCUGCGUGAAAUCCUCUGUUUGUUUCCAUUCCUCGAGCUCAAAUUUGGUCUCGACCAGAACACAAAAUAACAUUACCAAGAUGUUACUCAUCAUUUCUACAAUAUUUGUUUUACUCAAUUUGCCCAGUUAUGCUGUGCGAUUCUACGUAUUUAUCAAUUUUUCCCUUUGGAGAAAUGAAGACACUCCAGCUUUUCUAUGGUGUUUGCAACAGUUUUUCAUGUAUCUUUAUUACACAAAUUUCAGUAUAAAUUUUAUAUUAUAUUCCAUGUGUGGGGCCACAUUCCGCAGAUGUCUUUGGAAGUUAAUUCUAGGAAAAAUUCAAUCUGUAAUAAAACUCAGAUGCUGCACUUGA